AUGAAAGCCGCUUUGAUCGUCGUGGACAUGCAAGAGGACUUUUGCCCUCCCAACGGUUCCCUCGCCGUGCAAGAAGCCCGCGACCUAGCCCCAACCAUCAACACCCUCCUCGCCCACCCGGGCUUCACCCUCCGAAUCGCCUCCCAAGACAGCCACCCCGCCAACCACAUCUCAUUCGCGCCCAACCACCCCGCCCCCAACAACCGGCCCUUCGAAUGCCACAUCGAAAUGGCCAACCCGGCCCCAGGCAAGGAAUCAGAAACCAAACCCCAACGCCUCUGGCCCAUCCACUGCGUCGCCGGCACCAAGGGCGCGGAAAUCAUCCCGGAAAUCGACACCGCGAACAUCGAUCUCUACGUACAAAAGGGCAUGGAUGCCCGGGUGGAAAUGUACUCGGCGUUUGCGGAUGCGUUUGGGAAUCUCGAUGCGGAGGUGAAUCGGUCGUCGGUGGAUGUGCAUCUUAAGGGGGUUUUGGAGGAAAGGGGCAUUACGGAUGUGUUUGUUGUCGGGGUGGCGGGGGAUUAUUGUGUCAAGUUUACGGCGGUUGAUGCGGCUAGGGCGGGUUUGAGGAGUUAUUUGGUCGAGGAUGCGGUGCGGUGUGUUGAUCCCGGGUUGGGGUGGGAGGAGGCGAAGAGGGAGUUGAGUGAGGCUGGGGUGAGGGUCGUGAGGUCGGAUGGGCCGGAGGUUGCGGGGUUGGUUGGGUCGGUGUAG